UCUCACUCCCUCUUUCCUCCUAAAGCAUAAAUAAAGAGGGAUUUACUUCAGAGAAGACACGUCGCAGUUUCUGUCAGGAUGUACAGCUUUAUGGGUGGCGGUCUGUUCUGUGCCUUUGUGGCCAACGUCCUGCUGGUGGUGUCCACGGCGACGGACUACUGGAUGCAGUAUCGGCUGUCGGGCAGUUACGCGCAUCAAGGCCUCUGGCGAUACUGCAUGGCCAACAAAUGCUACAUGCAGACUGCAAGCAUUGCAUACUGGAAUGCCACACGGGCAUUCAUGAUCCUGUCAGGCAUGGCAUGCUUCGGAGGUAUCAUGGCAGGCAUCCUGUCCUUUGCACAGUUCUCUGCCUUUGAGAGGUUCAAUCGCUCCUUUGCUGCAGGCAUCAUGUUCUUCAUCUCUACUUUCUUUGUGCUAGUAGCCAUGGCCAUCUACACUGGAGUGACCCUGAGCUUCUUGGGCAAGCGCUUCGGUGACUGGCGCUUCUCCUGGUCCUACAUACUGGGCUGGGUGGCCAUGCUAAUGACCUUCUUUGCAGGGAUAUUCUAUAUGUGUGCCCACCGAAUGUAUGAGUCAAGGAGAGUGGUUGGACCUCGCUGAGCAGAAGCAAAUCUUCUUCUUUGCAAACAGAGGACAUUUUGCACCCAGAAACUCAGAAUCAAAACAGAACAGCUUUGCUUCUCCUGACUUAAUGGUUUGAAACACUGCAGUUCAUGGACACAAAGAGAUUUCAAUAGCUGCA